CCAAAAAAAAUAAAAAAGCAAGAAUGAAACUUGCAACUCAACGUCUGACCCUUCAGUGACAAGAACUGUUGUUUAGAAGGAGGGUCCACAGCUGUUUUCUUUUGUCCUCCAUCAUCUUUAUAAGGAGAUCAUCUAAAGACCCGACAGCCAGAGCUUGCAGCCGUUCCUCAGAAGCAUACAUCCCAGGUCUUUCACUUGCACAGCCAUUAUGGAUCUUAGGCAUGCCAUACCAGCAGUUGCUCAACUCAUUCCGACACAUCGCCAGUGCUCCGUUGAGGUUACAAAUAAAUGCUCUAACUAUGAGCUCUGUGAACCGAGUGUAUACAUGAACAGUGGUUUCUGUGCCCAAAGUCUGCCACUAACUCUUGAACCAUCUUCAUCUGGGAACGCACUGUUCACCAAGACUCCCCACGGUGCCCGAGGAGCUGUUGGCGUCUUCACCUAUGAUCUACUCGACAAAUCUACAAAUGAGUCCACUGAGAAAAUAGCUGUCAUGUUCUCUGUGCCCUAUGAUUUCAACCUGUACUCCAACUGGUAUGCAGUGGGAAUCUUUCACAAGUUCACAGAGUGUAAUCAUGAUCUUUAUCAUAAGAUGUACAACAACUCAGACAACUCAUUUGUUAGAGGUAAAGCAGGCGGCCUCUGUCUCAAACACAAGAACAAUCGAGUUACCGUCGUGGCAUCAAUGUCUGACUCUUAUCAGCCUGUCAUGAAGGUGGAAGUGAAAGACGACUGAAAUAUGAGAAUUCAGAAGUGCUGAAAUGUAGAUUCUCCUGCAGGUAUAUUUACGGUAUAUGUUUUCUGGCUUUGUUUCCUAACCAAUUUGUAGUGGAUUGUUUACUCAGGGCAAAUACAUGUUUAAAUGGUGUAAGAAAUUGUGCUUUGGACAAAAUAAUAAAGAAUUUAUUAAAAUGUCUUUUUGGAUUUAUAGAAUUGCAUUGCUUCUGUGCUAUAGAAAGUGUGAUAUAUAAUAACUGUUGUAAAGGGUAAAGAUAUGACUCCAUGUAACAAAAGCAUCGUGUCAAACAGCACUGCAGUGUAAGCCUAAAAAAUUCAA